ACGGCGUCCGUAGGCAUUCAGAAUGGUCCAGCGUUUGACCUACCGUCGUAGGCUGUCCUAUAAUACAGCCUCUAACAAAACUAGGCUGUCCCGAACCCCUGGUAAUAGAAUCGUUUACCUUUAUACCAAGAAGGUUGGGAAAGCACCAAAAUCUGCAUGUGGCGUGUGCCCAGGCCGACUUCGAGGAGUUCGUGCUGCGAGACCUAAAGUCCUUAUGAGGUUGUCCAAAACGAAAAAACACGUCAGCAGGGCCUGUGGUGGUUCCAUGUGUGCUAAGUGUGUUCGUGACAGGAUCAAGCGUGCUUUUCUUAUCGAGGAGCAGAAAAUCGUUGUGAAAGUGUUGAAGGCCCAAGCACAGAGUGAGAAAGCUAAAUAAAAAAAUGAAGCUUUUUUGA